CACUUUAAAGAGAAAAAGACACAGAGAAAGAGAGAUUAAAAAUCAAAGAAAAGGAAACAGGAGGCAGCGUUUCUAUUGGUUGGGAAAUGUUUGGUGUCCGCUGGGAGCAAAUGUGAAAGGCCGCCACCGACGUGUUAAGGGGAUAGGACGAGAGGAGGCGGUUACACAGCUGACAGCUCAGCUUAAAGGACGGAAACGCCUAUUCACAAGGCACCACCCAGGUUGUUGUUUUCCUUCUCGAAAGAUUGCAAAUUCGUCUAGGGUUUUAAUCUCUUUCAGGGUGCUGGGAUAUUGGGCCACUUGAGAUUCGCAUAUUGGAAUAUGGGACUGUGCCUCUGUAGGAGUCGGGCUGAUGACAAUGAUUCAGACGUGCAUGUUGAGUUUGUUGGAGGGAAUGUUAAACAUGUUACCACCAAAGAAGAUUGGGAUUAUAAGCUGGCAGAAGCAAAGAACGAAGGCAAGAUUGUACUAGCAAACUUCAGUGCAACAUGGUGUGGUCCUUGUAAAACAAUUGCAUCAUUUUACUGUGAACUCUCGGAGAAAUACCCUUCUCUAAUGUUCCUUUUGAUAGAUGUUGAUGAAUUGACUGAAUUUAGCACUUCAUGGGAGAUCAAAGCCACUCCUACCUUUUUCUUUCUUAAAGAUGGGCAGCAAGUAGAUAAGCUGGUAGGAGCAAACAAACCAGAGCUGCAGAAGAAGAUAGAUGCUGUUUUAGCCUUGUGAUCAACAAGAGGCCAAGAACUUUACCUUUCUUGUGAGUUUUGGUUGCUUAUCUUGAUUACUCUUGUUUGAAUAUAUUCUGUGUUGUCUAUAUAUGUAAAUAAAGCUGAUUGAACAAACAACUUAGCUUUGUUUUGCCAAAAAAAAAUCCCAAACUCACUUUGGAAAAAAGCUUGCCUUGUUUACUUGUAAACGACGUAGCACAAAUUUGUUUAGCUAAGAAAAAGUAGCUUUUUUUAUCUGUUUCAAUUUGUUGUUAAGGUAUAUAUCGUUUCUGAUUGCAUAUCUAUUUUAAGUUUAGGAACCAAAAACUUGCAGCUUAUUCACAAUGAAGUCUUACAAUAGUU